UCGAAACUUACAGAAGAACAAGGCAGCUGUGCUGAAACGAAUCUUGAAUAUAGGCAGAAGCUGAAGCAGAGACCAGCCAGACAGAGCCAGGACGCGGUUUACUGUAUAUGAUGGCGUUCUCAGACACUGGCAACGCAAUUUCUAAUCUCUACAUGUAUGGACAGAUGCAUGGUCUCAAGGUAGAUUAUAAGGACCUUGACUCCGAGGGCCCCGAUCAUAAUAAACAAUUCACUGCGAGAUUCCUUGUAGAUGGAAAACCCUAUCCCAUUGGCAUGGGAAAAAACAAGCAGGAUGCCAAACUGAAUGCAGCCGAGAAUGCUAUAAGAUGUCUUCGUGGAGACCAACAGGACACAGCAGAAUAUUCAGCAGAAACGUCUUCACCUGCUAGGCAAAAUGACAUUAACUACAUAUGUUGGCUUAAUCAAUAUGGUCAAAUAAAGAGGGUGACGGUAAAACCAGAGGAGACGGCAAGGCCUGGACCCCAUAAUGCAACUCACUGGUGUAAGUUUGUAGUGGGUGACACUGAAUACCCAGAAGUCUCUGGAAAAUCGAAGAGAGAAGCAAAGGAGGAAGCUGCCAAGUUGGUGUAUGAGAUUAUAAAUAGUGGUCAAUCCCCAGAGGUCAUAGAUUCCCCAGUUCAUCAAAAUCAGAUGGUCAAUAAAAACUUAAAUGGUCUCAGUCCAAAGACAAAAAGCCUGAGCAUAAACUCAGAAGACAACAAUUCUACAGAACCAAGGUUUUCUGCAAUUAUCCACAACUACUGUCAGAGAAAAAAACUCAGUCUUGAAUUUAUGUUAGUAAAAAGAAGUGGACCUCCUCAUAACCCUCGAUUUUCCUUCAAAUUAAAAAUUGACACAAGGGAAUACCCUGAGGCUGAGGGUAAAAACAUCCCAGAAGCCAAACAUAAUGCAGCAAAGUUAGCAUGGUCUGCUCUUCAAGAGCAGUCAGACUACGACAGCAAGGUGUCUGUUGGAUCAACCGAAUCUGAAGAUGGAGCAGCAGGACCAUCACAAUCAGAUGCAAUGCAUUCAAAUGAGUCAUCAUCACAUGACACGCAGAAGACUUCAAGUGACUCAAUAUUAUUUGCUGAUUUCCCAAACCCCCCCAACAACCAGAAUGAUGUGGAAAACCAGGAAAUCACAAACCCAAGAAACCCACCAGUGCAGUCGAGAUUUACAUCAGAGUUUGAGAUCCUUAAAUAUCUUGGUGGAGGAGGUUUUGGUUGCGUUUUUAUGGUGAAGAAAAAACUGUUGGGCCUGAAUUAUGCAGUGAAGAUCGUUCCUGGAACAGAAAAAGCUUUGCGAGAGGUGACGGCGUUAUCAGAACUCCAACACGAAAACAUUGUCAGAUACUACAACUGUUGGACGGAGGAUUCAAAAGUGCAACAAGAGAAAGUCCAAAAGAAACUAAAAGAUGUCACAUGUGAAAAGUACCUCUUCAUUAAGAUGGAAUUAUGUAGCUUUGGAACCCUCCGAGAAUGGAUUAAUGAAAAGAAUAAGGAGGAACUACCACACAACCAGAGAGGAGCAGACAGUCUUCCUGUUGCACUCCAGAUAGUCAGUGGAGUUGAAUAUAUUCACUCCAACAACUUCAUUCACAGAGACCUUAAGCCUUCAAACAUAAUGCUUAACGAAAAUGGGAAGGUGAAGAUCGGAGACUUUGGACUCGUCACUAUUGACAGAAGUGAAAUCUUGAUUGAAAGAACAGAAGAACGAGGAACCAAAACCUACAUGGCUCCUGAACAAGCAAGUAAAAUCUAUGAUCGUAAAGUGGACAUGUUUUCUCUGGGUCUGAUCUUUUUUGAACUCCUUUGGAAAAUCUCAACUGGGCACGAAAGAGCAAAGGUUUGGGACAACACAAGAAACAAUGAGCUUCCCAAAGAGUUUUCACAGGCUUUUCCCUUCAAGUGCCGAAUAAUUAAAUCUUUGCUGUUUGAGGACCCAGAUGAUCGACCUGAAGCAAGUCAAGUGAAGGAACAACUGGAGAGAACAAACCAACACCUGGAUCAACACAGUGUGUGAAUGUCUAGAGCAGUGUUUCUCAACCUUUAUCCACAGUCCCUCACCGCCCCCCACCAAAGAAUUUGCAGGCUACU